UCCAUGCAUAGGCUAUUGACAGGCAAGCUUUCCCCAUCCCUCGAUAAUUUGAAAGUAAUCUAAAACGGGUUAUGCUAGGGACCCUUAUACGGAUCUCAGACGAUGAGCUAAAGCUACUCAACACCGAAUCAAUACCAUUUGAAGGCGGUGGAUAUGCCGCAGGACUUGGAGUUGCACAUAAUCUUCACUGCAUAGUAAGUCAACGGCUCCGUGAUUGUUUCCCGAAUGUAAAAUUCUCAUUGAUUCUCAAAUAGAAACAAAUUAAGAAGUUCCUAUAUGGUGAACAUUUCUACGCCGGGCUGGACCCAAACGGCGAGGAAUACAAAUACCUUCAAGAACAUGCUGGUUAGCAACCACCCCAAUACUUGGUCCUUUCCAUCAUUUUUGACCUAAAGAUGCUAACUCGCUGUAAUGUCCAUAUGAUUAGAUCAUUGUCUGGACUACUUGCGUCAGAGCAUUAUGUGCCACUUGGAUUUUACCUUGUAUACGCUGUAUUGGGAUAAGGAGACACGAGAUAAACCAGUGCAUCACGAACCAGGAAUACAGAAAUGUGUAAGCUGGGACAAGCUGCACGCUUGGAUGCUGGAAAGGCAAGCGAAUACAGAUAUGUUAGUGGGACCAUGAGAUCGGUUACAAUAGAUUCUAGACUUGAAAUUAGAUAAAGCCAUUUUAGCAAAAGCUAUCCCAUCGGGCAACGUCAGCGUCGUCUGUAUUACAUGGAUGCUAACUCGA